CCCCCCCGGAGGCCUCGGGGGCACCGCGAACGCGUCGUCGGGAGCUGACCUUGACCCGAAAACUCCCGCGGGGCGGAAUCGGAAGCGACUCCGGUCGGAGUGUGCGGUAAUCGCGCUCGUGGAGCAUUAGCCGCGUGUGUAUCGUGCCGUGUGUCGUCCGUGGAGGAACCGAUUAAGCGCGAACGACGUCGGCGACGUUGCCCCGUGGGGCCACCGCGUGUGUGCUUAGUGCCUAGGUGGAUGUACACGAAGGCGGAUCAGCUCGCCGCGCACUGCAGGAGGCCGAUCGUAGAAAAGAGCGGCGAGCGAGCGGCGAUAGCGCGGCCCGGUGAAGAGGUGGUACGCUGGGGCACGCUGGUGCUGGUGGUGACCGGCGAAGGAAGGAGACAGAUAACGUCGCCGUGUCUCGUAAUGCACGAUGGUGCACUAGCCGGGACUCGCGGGACCACCGUGCGAUUUCUCUCCGGCGCGCGCCGAACCGAAACGGCCUGAACCGAAAUCCGGCCGCCUACGAGCUUUUUCCGCUCUCGAGGCGACUUGAUGAUUCUGAGCCGACGUCCAUCCGGACAAUCAAAGGAAACCGUGAUUUCGCUCGUCCCUUGAGUAAAAGUAGCCGCUCGAUCCUGCGUCUGCCUUGAAAUAUGUCCGAGAUCACGACGACGACGAUCGGUACGCCCGCGGGGCUCACCCCGGAGAAGAAGCAGGCGAUCCCCGCAGCCGACAAGUCCGACAGCGCCGUCACUUGGAAGUCCAUGAGCAUCCGGCAGAAAUGGUCCUUUCUGACCAGCAACAUCACCGUCGAGCCGAUGGUCGCGUGUUACGUGAUACCGAGCGUACUCUCCCAGCUAGCCACGCAGAAUCUCAUCCUCGAGAAAGCGUGCCGAGUGAACCUGGCCUAUCCGGACGAGGUGUGCUCGGCUCUGUCGGCCAGAAACACCACCGGCUACGAGGCCGAGGAGACUGCGGUUCAGCAGCUGGUGGCGCGUAUGCAGACUUGGAAAACGCCGCUGCAGAGUGCCCUGCCGACCAUCCUGAUCCUGUUUAUGGGCGCGUGGAGCGAUCGCACCGGCCUGAGGAAGCCCUGCAUGCUCCUGCCGAUCAUCGGCGAGUUCUUCAGUAGCGUCACCCUGAUCGCCUGUACCUACUGGUUCUACGAACUGCCCAUGGAGGCGGUCGUCCUGGAGUCGCUGUGGCCCGCGUUAACCGGUGGCUGGUUCACCAUGUUCAUGGGUAUCUUCAGCUACAUCGCGGACAUCACGACCGUGGAAUCGAGAACGCUUAGGAUCGGCGCGGCUAACGUCUUUCUGUCCUUAGGCGUGCCGAUCGGCAUGGCCCUAUCGGGAAUCCUGUACACGAAGCUUGGUUUCUAUGGUGUCUUCUCUAUCGCGAUGGUGUGUUACGUAAUGAGCUUUGUGUACGGCCUAGUGGUGAUCAAGGAGCCGCCGAGGGUGCUCGCGGAGCGCUCGCGGAAAAAGUCCCUCCCGAACGAGGGCAAACGGACCUCGGUGUGCCGCUUUGUUCUGGACUUCUUCUCGUUGCGGCAUAUCGAGGAGACAUUUCGUGUAGCAUUUAAGAAAGGGGCGAACAAUCGCCAGAAAAGGGUCAUCGUGCUCAUGCUCAUUGUGAUGGUCGUCAUCGGGCCCCUUUACGGUGAAAUGGCGGUUCUCUAUCUUUACAUGCGGUACCGGUACAACUGGAACGAGGUGACGUUCAGCAUGUUCUCCACGUUUGGCAUGGUAACUAAUCUGAUCGCCGCUAUCGUGGAGAUUGUCAAUGGCACAUCCUUCAUCGCCAUGCGAUCGAUAGCUUCCAAGCUCGUGCCCACGGACGAGCUCGGUAAAGUCAACUCGCUAUUUGGCGUGUGCGAGUCCCUGAUGCCACUUGUUUACGGGCCAAUGUACAGCGCCAUUUACGCGGCGACCAUGAAUACAUUUCCGGGGACGUUCUUCAUCGCCGGAGGAUGCAUGACAAUGCCCGCGGUGUUUGCAUUUUUUUGGCUGUACACGGAGCAUCGUAAGGAUCGCAUGUUGAAGGAACAGAAGGAACCCGAAGCCACGAUGAACCACAAGAAUGAUGACAUGACAGACUACAAUUUAAAGGCAUCGAAUCCUCGAAUCAUGGACACGCAGAAGAACGCACCGAAGGCCGAGAUGAUAAACGGCAUAGAUAACGCGGCCUUCGAAUCUGAGCAGUUGUGAUCUCACGAUUUACGUGAUCCUCUUUUUUUUAUUACGGAGACGUACGAUACAUCCAUAAUACCUCAAUAAAAAAAAAAAGAAAAAGAAAAAGUAUGGACUGAAAGGAUAUUUUAAAGUUGCCGCGAUAAAUGCCGAUCACGUUUCCCGGCGGAGCAACGUGCCGUUUGCGAAUUUGCCUUACGAAGGUGAUACCAAAGGCAUUUUAUUAACGAAUACCGAUCGAACGGUAUGUGGAAAUUCAGGAAGAUUCCGACGAAUCGCUCUUUUAUCACAGCUCAAGAUAGCCAAGUCUUGAGAGACUCUCAGUAUUUAGCAAAGAUGACAAUACGAUAAUAAUUUAUUAGAGGUAAAACGAGAUCUAACACGCGAGAUUCGCUCACGGAUUUUUAACAUUCCUGGUAGAAUGAUCACGUGAGAAUGAUUAGAAUUCGGAAUUACGACAUUUCUCAAGUCCUACCAAUACCUAACUGUUAUCAUUUUUUUCAUCACCGCGCCAAGAUACGAUCCCAGGUGUAAAUAAAGAACUUUAUCGAGACUUCCCAUCCAUGACUUCACUUACUGCAGCUUAUAGAGAUUUUGAUUCAAGCAUUCUCAAGAUGUAGAGACACUUCCGAGUGAAAGAUAAACUACCAGCUUAUCUCUAAUUUAAUUUUUCUAGUUAAAAAAAAAAGUAGUACCUAGCAAGAGUUAGAAACAAAAAGAGUAUUUUUUUAAGAUCUGACGACAUGUAAUUAAUGCAAUUGUUUCAGAAAGGAUAUUAUUCUUAGUUGAGACGUUGCUACACAAAUACGUAAGAUGAAGAUUCUUCAUCGAUACUUUAGAAAUAAAGUAAAGUCCUUUCUGAGAUGAAUCAUUUAGUUACGUGUAAUACAUAGUUUGUUGUAAUUUCCUGCAAAUCUCUCGCCGUUUCUAAUUUAGCAAUUUCGAUUAAAAGCGACCGAUCUUUUACACGCAAGAGUAUUUUCGUAUUUCGACAAAGAAACAUUGAAUAUACACAAAUCUUUAUUUAAUAAUCUAUAUAUCCUUUACUUCGGAUAUAGUAGAAACUGUACUUAAACAGAUUACGACGACAGUGUGAAAGGAAUAUACGCAUCACAGAUAUUCAUAUCGCAGUAUUGGCUACUCAGUCUCCUACCCUUCUUCUUUUUUUCCUCCUCUGCAGUUUUUUUCUUAAUGAUAAACGUACGAAAGCGUGGAUAUUAUUUUUUUUCUUAACGCAAAUUUUGUAAUAAGCACGUAAUUGCAUAAUGUUUAACAUUGCGAUUGAGGAAUCUUGUCGAAUAAAAAGUUUUGCGCGCGCGCGUUACGGUAUAUAUAGACAACUGUUUUUGUUUAAACUUUAUUUGGGAUGUAAUUCAGAUGAACACGUAUACAAUACAAAUUCAAAAUUGAUAAAACAAUGUAUUUGUUAUCGAUAUUGUAACAUGCACAUACGACUCCUACCCCCUUGUCUAUCAAUUUUAGUACAUCUCGUUAGGUUUUUAUCACAGAUUCGUAAUUUCACAUGUGAUAAAUUUAAUUGUGUAUGCGAUAAUUUAAUUGUGUAUAUAAUUCAAAUAUAUACAAGUAUAUCGGUUGCGUACGUUAAUUUCAUGGAUCUGAUUAAAUAAUAAACUCAUUAUAUUAAAUAAUAAAAAAAUUUUCAAUC